AUUUGACAGUAUCCGAUAGACUUUGUCCUACUCGUGCUUUUGUGAAAACUUAUUUUAAGUUUAUAAUCCGACUCCUAAUGGAGGUAUCGUUAUUGAGCGCGGACUCAGACGAGCGGGAAGAAGGUGAAAUCGUCGACGACGAUUUAGAAGACAUUUCGGAUAGUUCGAUAACUAUGAUGCCCUUGCAGCUUGGUAAGUGUGUCUCAUCUAAAGGACAUUUACGUGGUCUUUCUUUAAGUAGCAUCAGCGACGGAGAGCCGCCGCCGAAAGAAAGGCAUCGGCGGAAGUCCCAUCGCAGGAAGAGGAGGACUUCACGAAGAAGGUCCACAAUCAGUGUUUCGGAUAGUGACAGUGCUACAGACAAACGGCUGAGACGGAAACAGUUAAAGGCGGCAGUCGCAGUGGAUAAGGAUGAAAUUCACCAAAACAGUUUGGAAAUCAGACUCAAGCUUAUGAACGAUAUGUGCAAACAGCCAAAAGAACCAGAAAAUUCACACUCUGAUAUUGAUAAGGAAUUAAUUCAGUUAAGAGCUGCUGCACUAAAGACUACAUUAGAAAAUAAGUACAAUGGUAAGAAAAGAAAACUAAAUGGGGUUAAAGAAAACAUAAUUUCGGAUAAUUCUAUAAAGUCUGAUGUAUCAGACACAAAUAAAGAGAACAAUCACAAUGAAAAUUGUAAAGAAAAUGGGACAACUGAAGUUGAAAAAGAGUCUGAAUCUGUUGCUUGUCAGCCUCAUGAGGAGGAUGAGGAUGUCUUAAGGGCUGUGGUUUUAGCAUCCAUGUCCAAAAAGAUAACAUCAAAAAAUGACACAGAAUCUGUUGUCAGUAAUGGAAUAACUAAUUCCAUUAACACAAAACCAAUCAAGUCAAUAACAAAUACAAUAAGACCAAUAAAGAAGCCAAUGACAAUGCCAUUAGUCAAACCACUCAUUAUUAGCAUUUCUAAAGAUUCUGACACUGAUGAAAGUGAAAAUGAAGGAUCAGAGCCAAAAAAGAACAAUUUAAUGUCAGAGGAAGACAUAAAAAAAUCUGUGGACAGUUUUUUGAAGGAGCAAAGAGCUCAAGUGGAAGCAACCACAUCCACCACAGCAACCCCAUGUGCCCCUAAAAAAGCCACCAACAACCCACUGAAAUCAGCAGUAAAACUACUACCUAAAGACAAGCAAAGAGAGUACCAUGAGUUAUUGCAGAAACUGGCUGCCAAAAAGAAAAAUCUUGUUCAUAAAGCAACAGAAUCUAAAUGUGUUCCACCAAAACCUAAACCUAAAGUGACAUCAGAAUUACAAAAGGCAGACACUGUCAUCAAUUUCAAAAGGGAUGUACACACAUUUAGAAAAGUUUACAAGGAAAUUCAGACACAGCCUAAUGGAAGAUAUAUUGGAAACAUGACAAAAAUUUUACAACAAAGAAUCAAACAAAGAUUACAGAUACAAGACAAAUAUACAUCUCUUAAACCAGUUGUGGAUAGAGUGUUUGAGAUACACAAAGAAAAAACUAGACUAGAAAAGAGAUUGAAAGAACUAAUGAUGGAGGUCAAUACAACAAAAAAGAAGGUUGAAAGAUCGCAACAAGUGUUUUGCAAUUAUGUAAAACAGCUAGUUGUUCAAAAAUCGAAGUUAGAUCAAAGCUCAGUUGUAAAACAUACUACCAUAAAUUUGCCAACAGUAAAAAAAAAACUAACUCAAAACACAAUCAAGAACAAUGUGCCGAAGAAAUUGCCUGAAGUGAUUCAAUCAAAUGUGGCUCAACUUGAUUUAGUUCCGUCAAAAACGAUUCAAGAAGGAGGCAGAGAUACGAUAAAUUUCGGCGAUCCUAACGAUAUUGAUAAAAUAUUGAAAAUGUCAAAACCAACGGAGUCCAUCUCUAAGUAUGUGUCGCCUUUAGACACGAAAAGAACUGAAACUUAUGAUCCUUUAAGUAUAGUAUGUCCAUUUGAAAUUGAUGGUAAAUGUAGAGAUAAAGAUUGUGGUUUUAAACAUUUUUUAUAGCAUUAGAUAUGUAAUUAAUUACUUAAUAAUUCUAAGGAUUAAAAUGUGAUUAUAGUUAUGGCUUUUAUAAUGAUUUUUUGUUAUUUUAUCUAUUAUUGUGAUAUAAACGUUAUAAAAGCUAUUUUAUGGGUAAGAUUUACAGUACAAAUAUUGCCAUAUUAAUUAGUUAAAAGUAUUUUGUAACUGAAUUUGUAAAAAUAUUUUUGUACACUUGAUUUAAAUAAAUCUCAUUUGCUGUUUUUCAAA